GAUGAUAAACAAUGGUUCUCGAUUGAAAAUCGAAGUCGUUUCAAGAAGCUUAAUCAAUCCAGCAUCAAUGAUGAUGCAAUCAUCGAUUGUGUGUUAAUGUGGGAACCGGCCUAUUAUCCGCAAAAUUAUAAUAUUCGACGUGAAAGGAUCUCUUGGGCAAGGUUGAGUCAAGUUCACCGUCAAACCUGCUCAACGAUUAUUGACGAUAGCGAAUUUGAUGAUAGUGAUGUCAGUAGUUUUUUGGAUAUUGAAACUUAUGUUGGAUCUUUUUUUGUUUUCAUACAAUGCAUAGUUAUUAUGAAUCAUCUAUUAAUGUAG